UGCGUCCCAGCAUGCGUGAUUUUGUACCAUGUGACCGGAUCGUGCAAAGGGCCUCUUUGAAUUCGUAGUUCGCUGUACAAAUCAUUUGAGCCUAUGGCAGUGGUCAGUCGAUCAGUGGUUUUCUGCGAGUUCUCAUCAAUAAUUCAACAGUUGCACGUUGGCGAAGUUGUAAUAGUUUAGCCCGGGCCCGAGAAGUCCAGAAUUCUGGAAAGAAGAAUGUGGCAUAAUGAUUAAUUUAUUCAGUAGGAAGUUGCAAAAUACGGCUAGGCGUUCUUUUCUUUACUUUGUUUGUUUUUUCCUCACCUAAGGCGAGAGAAAAGCGAAUUGCUUAUGGAUAUCUCCUUUGUAUAUUUUCCUCAGGCGAUACUUGUCAGACAAGGAGCUUUUUCGUAAGAUGAUUAUCAAAGCCCAGGAAAUUGAAGGAACUCGAAAACUUAUUGGGGGCAGCGGAUUACAAAUUGGCAAGCGAUUUGCAUUGGAUGGGUGUAAUGUUCUUGCUGCUGCUGAUUCCUCUGCAGAGUUACUGGAGAUGCUACCUGAGAAUUUGACUACAACGGGAAACACUGUGGAUGUUGAUGAUGUCCAUUUGCUGCUGGAAUAUCCUGCGCACUUUCCCUGGGGAAAUUAUAUGUCACAAAGAGCUAACAGGUUGGUGCUACAUAGUGAUGAACACAAUCCUUACUUGAAAUCAAUGGAAAAAUUUCAGGAGAAAUUAAAAUACUUUUCGCCAUCAAUAUUGGUGGUUGCUGGUCUCCAAAGGCUGGAAAACUUUCCAGUCUUUAGUCCUGGUGACAGUGGUAAACUUUUAGAAAAGCUGUCAUCUUUCCUUGAGACUGUGGAUGUUCCAAUCCAUUUUGAAAUGGCAUCGUUCCACCAAGAAACGUUCUUUGAUGAACUUUUACAGUACGUAAUACCUUAUUCAAGUUCUAUUGGCAUGAAUGAACAGGAGCUUCCUAACUUAUGGAGUAAACUCCUUUAUGGAAACAUUACAGUUGUUUCCAGUCAGAAACCAAGGGUAGCAAAAGUGCUGGAUCUCAUGAGGGAUGUUUACAAGAUUUCAAGAGGGAAUUAUGGAAAAGGAAGAAAGAGGCAGCUGACUCGAUUGCAUGUCCAUACUCUUGCUUUUCAAGUGAUUCUAACCACUGAAGGAUCACACUGGAAAAACACCAAGGCAGCUGCUGCAAAAGCCUCUCUGACGGCAACGAGGCAUGUCUGUGGCUCAAGGGAAAUUGAUCCCAAGAAAUCUAAGUUAUUUAUGGAUGAUUCAUUUUCCAAGAGUAUAGUUCCAGGUAGCCCUAGAGUUCAAUUCAAUUCCAAUUCACCCGUGUCUUGCUGGAAUGAGGAAGAUUACAAAAUUUGUGUUGCUCCAGUGUUAGUUUGUACUCAAGUGUUGCAGACAGGAGGUGGUGGUGACCAUAUUACAGCAGGAGGCUUGGUAUUACAGAUUUAAGCUGUAUAGUUAUUUGUUUGGUAACAGUGCUUUUACUGUUUGUCAAAUAAAUAGACAUUGUUGUAUGGUAAUGUGCUCAGUAGUACAUUAUAUCCUUGUAACUAAUGGCUGUGUUAGGUUUGCAAAGUAUUGUGGUAGAAUGUAAAAUAGUAAGGGGUCAACUAACUCAAUCACCAGAUAUUGGGCCAAUCCACAUUACAGAAGUAAAUCAGACAAACUGGAACAACUGAUCAGCUUCACUCUUAGUCUUACAAUUUUCUGUUCAACAUGUAGUUACACUCUAGCUAGAUCUUCAAUCAAGAUAUAUCAGUUUCAUGGGUUAUUGACAAAGUGCGAGAUCAAGAUGGCUGGAUAUAAUAUAGGCUGAAUAUAGAACUUAAUAUUGGUUAAGUUCUUUUUGUGUGUGUUUAUUUAUCCACCUAAAUAUGCUUAAUGAAUAUUUUGACAUUUGCUUCAGAGUUUGAUGACUUUGGCCAUGGAAAGUCCCGUCAGAGAGUCCCCUAAGGGAGUUCCUUUAGCAAGUCUCAUUAGGGAGUGGUCAAUUUGUUCCAAGUUUCUUCAUCCUUAUUCUGACUUUUAAGGCCCAAUUUUCCAGCUGUUUUGUGAGCACUUAUGCCUCUUCUUUUGUGUUUAAUGUGCAUGCACAUAAUAAGCAACUAUGUUGAAAAACAGUUCCGCGUUAAACCAUUCCAAGUGUAAAACUUCGGAGGUCCCAUAGGAUUGAAUCAUCACAAAUGUUAUUUGUAUUGUCAUCAUAUUAAGUCAGGUAGGACAAACACCAAGUAAAUGGCACAAUGGGGACCUAACUCUGGUUCACGUCAUCCAUGUGCAUGAAAAGCAGAGUUCGAGUAACUUGUUGUUUUCAGCGUUCGAGUAAAGGCAGCCAUAUUACUACAACUUGUGGGCCUCUCGUUGCAUGUUGUCUUACCAUUGUUGUUUUUUCUGUUUCGAAUAAAUUGGGCAGCUGUCCGUCACAGGUUGGUUUCCAAUUUUCAAGGUGUUGCUAGCCAAGUUUCUUGAGCGAUACAGGAGUUGCUUUUGUCAAGCAAGCCAUUGAAAUUUUAUCCAGGCAUGAAUAGUCACAUUGAGCUGUGAUUGCAGUCGAAGUGCUGAACUUACUGGGGCUGUUUGUUAGCUACAUGGAAAGAUCAAUCUGUGUAUAUGAUCAGAUGACUCAUCACAUGUUCAAUGGGGAUGCUGGAAUUUGAUGCUUACGAUUUUUAUUUAGCUGUAUUUUACUUGCCAACAUUGCAAAAAAUUAACUUUUGUAUACUUUGACAAACUGGAAUCAAAUGAUAUUUUGGUUUACACAAAUGGUAUUCUACUACUUCAUCUCAUUGUUUGUAUGGCAAACUGAAUUAUGUUGAGGAAAUUCCAGAUCCCACAUUAUUUGAUAUGAUUGGUCCAACAACCACUAAGUCUGUGGACUACAAAUCAAGGAAAUGAAAUACUCUUUGGUGAAAAUACUGGUGAGCAAUGUGUUUAAUUGUCUCAUCAGAUAGAAUUAUAUAUUAAUUUGCAAGCUAAUUUCACUCUGAAUAUGAUUAUUGGAAAUAACCUAUAUAACUCUUCAAGAUA